GUGCUCUUCAAGGGUUCUUUAUGCUUUGUCUCCCUCUACCGACAAACAUGGAGGCAUCAACAAGUUCUAACUUGUCCAUUUAGUUGAACAUUUCAUCAAUAAUGCGCUAAUUAAAAAAAUAUAUGAUAAAUUAUUGUAUGGUCUCUCGGUGUGGACACACAGAAACAUUGACGCUCUUGUUUUAAACCUAGAGGCACUUCCUGGCUAUCCAGGGACAUUCAGGAACACCGGACAUCCGAACAUCAACAGGCACAACAAAUAGUAGCAAAUAAAAGUGACAAUGUUGGAGGUUUUGCGUGACGGUGGGGGCGUGUGUUGGGUUUGGAAGAGCUUCAGCAAACAGAACAGACGCUGAGCAGAAUCGGGAAGAUCAUGGACCCAAGAACUCUGGUUCUGGAGCUGCUCGGGGUCGCGCUAUGUGCUUGCGCAUGGUGGUUACUGUUGGCUUGCACGCUCAUGUCCGCGUGGCUGACCUUGUCCACGGAGCUGCUUCCCGCGGAGGUGUACGAGCUGGGCCUGUGGGAGACGUGCGUGGUGCAGGUGCACGGUGCGCUCCUGUGCCGGCGCCACGACACUCCGCUGGCGCUGCCGCGUGACAUCAAGCUGGCGCGCGCGCUCGUGUGCGCCGCUCUGUGCGCCGGACUCGCAGCGCUCUGCCUCGCAGUACCCGGCUUGCACGUGAUCAAGGUGUGCGACGGACGCGCCAAGAGAGCGAUGAAGACAUGCGGUGGGGUGGCGAGUCUCGUGUGCGCGGUUCUGGUUCUGGUUCCGGUGUCGUACGUGGCCCACAUGGCCGCGGUGCGCUUCUUCGACGAGUCCCUGCCGGAAGUGGUACCGCGAUGGGAGUUCGGGGACGCGCUGUUCUGCGGUUGGACUGCGGGUGUGCUGCACUUGAUGGCGGGAGUUUUGCUGCUCAGCUCCUGUGCGUCCCUGCGGUGCCUUCACGUCCCGGAAAUGCAGCCUGGACAAACCCACAUCGGAACCGUUACAAGCAGAACAGAGUACGUCUGAGUCCGAAGAACCUUCUGGAAUGAAACAUGAACACCCCAUUCUUUUGGAUCAAACAUCAUUUAUUACAGGAUUUGAUAGAUAUUGGUAAAUAUAUACAUAGAGUAUACGAUGUUAUUGUUCAUAGAUACAAUACAUAUUAGAUAUAUAAUCGCACAUAGCAUCCAUUUGUAUUUGUAGUAUAGAAAGAGAAACAAACAUGGUUAUGUGUUUCUAUAUGGGACUGCAUGGUGGGGAAGUGGACUUUUGUGAUGGCCACGCUUUUCCUGCGUGAUACAAUAGAGUGUGAGUUUAUUGUUCACAUCAGUUCCUCUCAUCAGCAGCCAAUCAGAAGCAAGUUCUUCAACUUCAAACGCUUCAACUCUAUGCUAGUAAAGUCUUAUUUUUCCACGUUAUUCUCCUACAAUGACAGCUUUUUCUUGUUAGAUGAUACAUAUUUGGACUUCAUUCAUUCAUUCAUUUUCUACCGCUUAUUCUCACAAGAAGAAC